CUUCCAAAAUGGAGUCUGAACGAUGUAAACAAACUUGAUUUCAACCGAAUAUAUUUUUAAAAAGCGAAUAUAGGACAGAUGUCACAGCGACAGUCUGAUAUAGAUAUUCCAUAAUGUAAAACAUAUGUAUAUUUAGUUAUUGCCGGCGUAAAAAUUAAUAAUUUUGAAAGAUUUUAAGAGACACGAAUACGAAAACUUGUUGUGAUGUGGUGUUGUAAGCCGAUAUGUCAGUUGUCACGUAAGUUGACAUAAAUUAAAAAUGCCUUCCACCAUUGCUCCAAUCGAGCUGACAAGGAACAAUUCCAUCCGCCCUGCCAGUGGACUGCGAUAUGGAAACUUUGAAGGGGUGACGCAUCUUCCUCCACUAAACACUGGUGGGAGAUACAGUGACUUCACCUCACUUAACAACCAGCAGAUAUACAAGACAGUGUGUGAGUGGUUUGAAGCAUGGAGGCCCUGGCAGCAAAGAAUCUCACUCUGUGGCAUUGCAAACAGGUGCUCUGCUCAUCAGCUAGACAUCUUGGCAACCACGUUGGAACCAGUGCGUCAUCGUGAUUAUGUCACUGCAUCACGUCAGCGAUAUCCGUCAGCUUCCUUCAGAAGAGUCCAGGAAGUCCACAGGAUACAUCUUGACUCCUUACAAAACAGAAAGUCUCAGAAGAAGAAGAAAUCCAAAUCACCAGGUCGUGAUCAAAAUGUCAAAAGUAAAGCUGAAACAGUUGAAAACCCCAAGACCCCAGCAUCAAGUCAGAGUGAUCGUAAGAUUAGGAGAGUUAGUAGAGCAAAUUCUAAGUUAUCAACCGUUUCGGUGACAUUUGCAGAUGAUGUUAAACCUGACAAAGAAGAAAUCCCCCCCCAAACACCUGUUCAAGUUUUAGACUCUUUUGCUGAUGAGCUAGCAAAGGGAAUAUUACAAUCAUCUUUUCAGGAUGUGGCAAUGAUUGAAAAAAUCGAAAAAAAUGAAUUAUCAAAAUCAAAAGUGCAAGACGGAUCUGUAAACAGUGCAGGGGAGAAUGGUGAUAGUGAGUUGAAGACUGAGGGUGGAACUGUGGAAGAAGACGAAGAUGAAGGUGAGGAGGAGAAGCGCCUGGAGGUUGAGAGUAUGGAUUCGGAUGUGGAGAACACUGAGGUGUAUAGACAAGAGGACAGUGAUCCACAGGAGGGCAACGCUCCAGCAACACCCAGUACGGAAGGGGGGCAGAGUCUCAAGGUUGAUCAGAAGUUCCUCCUGAAGAAGUAUGGCAGAAGGAAAGGACGUACAAAGUUCCUAGGGGGCAGCAUUCAGCUGAAGACGGGGUCCCGGAGGAGCAGUGCUAGCGUCAGGACAACCUCCAGCAGGUUCAGGAGUAGUGCAUUCGGAUCCUCCGCAGUCAGCACUCUCGAAUUCUUCUCUCCCAGGCGUGUGCUAGGUGGACCGAUGCAGUGUGAGAUCCGACAAGGACCAGUACAGAAGCCUGUGGGCGUGGCGGACAUCCCCGUGCCCCUCACCCAGUCCUACAAGAGUGUCAAGUGGUGGCCCGAGACCCCCAACACUGGCAGGGCUUUCAAGAAGGCAAAGCGAUCAGACUUGUCAGGCAAUUUCAGAGAUCAGCUGGCCCAGAUUUGGGAGUGGCUGUCUGAGUGGGAGGAGUUUGAGCGUAUAGCGUUACUGCGGGAGAUCGUCAAGGUGUGUUCCUUGAUGCUGCUGGAGUAUCUCGUCUCACACAUCAACCAGAAGAUUCGUGAUGAGACUGACAUCAACAGGUUGAUGGACCGGACAUUGUUGUACAUAUUCUCCUGCCUGUCAGCCCGGGAGAUAGAUGUUGCCUCGCAGGUGUGUCGCAGAUGGCGGUUCCUCUGUGCUACUGAUGAACUCUGGAUGCUCAAGUGUCUUGAGAUGGGUGAGCACGAGGGCGUGGACAACAUCACGGGUCUGGUGUUGGAGGCGAACAGUCUGUCUCGUGUUGUGGACUGGAAGCUGGCGUACAUGGAGCUGACCCAGCUUGUACACACAAUGAAGCAAGGCCUCUCUGUUCCCCAGGACAUACAGCUCAGUGGUGAUGAAGAUGCCGCUUGUCAAAAGGAGGACGAAAUGAAACGUUACAAAAGGGGUCAGCGUGUCCCCAAAGUCAAGCUGGGUGUUGGUGAACCAAUACGAUCACGCAAAGGGCAGACAACUCUGAGGUAUCUUUUAUCUGAGGAGGAGGAGGAGGACAGUUCUGACAGUUCAUUGGAUGAAGAUUUAUCUCCCUUUAUGGCUGAAUAUGCCCUUCAGACUGAACCACAGCCCCAAGUGAAGUAUUUGUACCAGCCUCGAUAUCGCAAGUCUUCCCGCACAAGGAAGGUGAAGGACGCCGACAAAGAUGUGAAGGAUUCCAUACAAGAAGAGGAAGAGAAUGGAGACCAGGAGAAGCAGGCCAGCACGGUGUUGCGGAGGAGGAAGGAGGGGGAUGAUGAGGACGAUGAGGAGGGGAUGUCUCUGGAUGUACGGCCCAUGCUGCAGUCCAGUGUUGAUUUACUGGGCAAGGUUGUACCUGCUGUGAGUCUACAGUGGCAUGCAUCGUCUCCAGACACUGAGCCAAUCACAAACACACGGGCUCGAAAGUUUGCCGGUACUGUUGCUAGCGUCAAGAAGGUUCGCAAACUGCAGGGGCACAUGAGUGGCAUCCUGUGCCUCCAGUUCGACAAGCGCCGCCUAGUGACCGGUGGUCUUGAUCGAAGUAUCCGUGUCUGGGACAUUCGUAGCGGGCGCAGUUUGCACAAGUUUUAUGGACCUAAGGGAGGUGUCCGCUGUAUCCAAUUUGAUGAUGAGAUUCUAGUCACUGGCUCAUGGGACAUGGUUGUCAUGGUGUGGGACAUGCGACUGUUUACACACCGUGCAUCUCUCCCCGGCCACAAGGGAUGUGUGUCCUGUCUACAGUUCAACCACGAUUACAUAUUGUCUGGCUCCCACGACGGAACAGUGCGUGUUUGGAAUCGGAGAGACUUCUACUGCAUCAGUGUUCUGGCUCUCCAUCGGGGCUCCAUCAACUCUCUCUGUCUCGAUGGCAGCAAGCACAUCAUCACAGCGUCCAGUGACUUAUGUGUGAAGAUGACCCACAUCAUGACCGGCCAGACAGUGAUGAAGUUUGAGUCCGUCCAUUCUCCGAUUGUUUCCAUUGUGCUUCAGGAUUGUCUUCUGAUUGGUUCUGACCUGACUGGCACGGUGUACUUCUGGAACAAGAUCAACGGGGAGUCGGAGGCUGCUGUGAAGACCCAUGAUGCACCAGUACACAAGGUCGCAUAUCAUCAAGGUCGAAUCUGGACAGCUUCAGGUGACCACUGUGUGAAGGAAUGGGACUUGUCAACAAUGACGUGUGUCAGAGCUCUUCAAGGUCACAAGGGACCUGUCCGAGACAUCAAGGUGUCUGAUGAGAGGGCUGUCACCUGCAGUGAUGACGGCACCAUUCGAAUCUGGGACUUCGUGCUGCCCAAAGGAUCUCUCAAGAAGUCUGCUUGAAGUAUCUGGCACGUGCUACAGACAGAGCUACAUGGAGAUAGCGUCCAUGCUGCAGACUAGAAAGAGCUACAUGGAGAUGAUCUCAAUGCAACAGAAAUCUACAUGGAGAUGGUCCCGUAGCUACAACAAAUGACCAACUGUUUCUGAACAAAAGCCAUGACACAACGUAACACACUCAGGUCCUGUUAAUCCGACAUGGUCGGUUACUUAUGAUUAUGUCAGAUUAAUGAGUAUGUCAGAUAAACAAAAUGAAGUAGUGUCAAUGUUCGUGAUCGUAAACCGGACAACUACACGACUACACAAUCUCUAAGCUUAACACAAAACUACUAUUAUGAGCUGUAUGACUGAUUCAAAAUAUUUUUAAAAGCAUAGUCUGGAAUGGAAGUCACCAGUUGGAACUAGUGCCGCAAUGCUCCAAAAGCUGCUUUCUUAGUGGCUAAUGUCAACUUAGUCAUUUCAUAAGUUGAUCAAAGUUUGCGAAAGGUCGUUCUGACGUGACCUGUAAUGGGAUAUCCUUACCGGUUGCGAGAAUAAGGAAUCUGAUUUUAAUGAGAUCGAGGUAAUCUAAGCAUGUGUUUAAUCCUGUUUUGUUUAUUUAAAGCAUUAAUUGUUUAUUGUUUAGCAAGUUUAUCUCUGCAGCAGUUGUAAUAUGCAGCUACCAGCCGACUCAUCUCACAUCAAAACACAGGCUGUGUACACGCGGGCAGAUGACCACGGUUUAAGUUGAUCACUGUGUUGGAUUAACUGACUCAAUAAUGAGUGAUUUCAGUUUUUCGUUGUAAAUUAGGUAUGUCGGAGUCUGCAAAACUGUUGUAUUAACAAGACUAAAUAGCACUGAGUUAAUCGGUUCCCAUCAUUAGUGUCGGAUAAAGCUGAUUGUCGAAUUAACGAUGGUCGGAUUAACAAGACUUGACAGUAGGUAUCGAGAUUAGAUAAGUUUACAUCAUAGAAUAUAGCAAUAUACUGUGGAACCUCAUUACUCCCGAAUCUGACUUGAUGAAAUAGUAAAGUUCAAUAAAAGUGUCAAUAAGUUCUACUGCAUUCGUCUGAAAAACUCAGACAAUACUCUUACAAUAUUGUAUAGCAACAGAGGUUGCAGAUUAAUGAGGGUCCACUGUACCUCCUUACCUGUCUAUCUGACUCUAGGAACAAGUAGUUUUCUACUUUACAAACUGUACUUAUAUUCUAUGCAAUUCUGAUUACCUGUAGUAGUUUUAUAUAUCAUCUUGUUUCCUCAAUAAGCAAAGUUAAGAUAUUUUAUACUUGUACUUUUAGUUUCUAACUUUUCAUGGAAGUAGUGUUGAUGAAGGAACCUUGAUUUUGGAUCUGGUGAGUGUCUGUGUCCACAGGGCGGUGUCACCAGGUGGUUCAUGUACUAAAAAGCAGUUUGUACAGAAGACAAUUUGGAGACAGGAUUGAAUCCUUAUUCGUUCAAAGACUUUUUGGUAAUAUUCCAGCUAAGACGGCGGUCUGUAAAAAGUAAUGUCUAAACCAGACAAUCCAGUAAUUGACAUCAUGAGCAUCGAUCCACGCAAUUGGGAUACGAUGACAUGCAUCAACCAAGUCAGUGAGCCUGACCACCCAAUCCAGCUAGUCGCCUCUUACGACAAGCAUAGUCGCCUUUUAAGGCAAGCAUGGGUUGCUGAAGACCAAAUCUAACCCGGAUCUUCACAGGUCUCUUCACGUAUAACCAUGUCCUACCCAGCUGGAAACGUACUGACAUCCAUACAACUGCUUGUUAUUACAAACCAAACUUCUACUAUGGCAAUCAAUGAUCAUGAUCAGCUUCAUGUGUACUGCUGUUUCCGUCCAUGGACACAAUACAAUGUCAGAUAUAUAUAUUGUUUUGAAGUGAGAACAUCUAAGCUGCUGUGAUAUUACCUUGCAAUACUAUGCUGUGUUUGAUAUUUUAUCCCAUAUUCUUCCAUAUACAUAUGUUAUGUUUACCGAUACCCUUGUUUAUGAUGCUGAUGCUGAUGCUGAUUGUCGCAGUUAUAUACUGCCCUGAAAAUGAAUCUUUGCUUACAUGUGUUACCUAUAUGAAAGCAUGCUACAACAUUAUUUAUUGAAAUUUUAACUUAAUACUGAUCUAAAAAGUGAGCAUUAUUUUUACACCGAUUUUGGCAAUAUUCUGGCAACAUCACGGCAGGGGACACCAGAAAUUGGCUUGAUACAUUGUACCAAUGUGGGGAAUCAAACCUGGGUCUUCAGUGCUAUGAGUGAACGCUUUAACCUCUUAGCUACCACACCACCCUAAUAAUGAUCGAUGAAUGCCAAAUUGACGAAUUAACAUGAGGUUGUCUCAAAAACAUAGACCAUUCUCCAAAUGUCGGACCUUGUUUAUUUUUUUGGAUUAUGGAUUUUAUUACUGAUAAAUUUGGUCAGUAUGUCAAAAUGUAUAUACCGUAAUCAGCGUAAUAAGCGCCCAGGUCGCUCUCAAAAUUAGAAAUAGGGGGCUCUUAUUGGAAUAUUAUUUAGGUGAAAAAUCAGAGUUGAAAGAUAAAUUUCGUGGUUUAUGCUGACAGC